CUUCAAUUGAUUAUCCAAAUGCAUGUACGGAGUUUAUCAUCCCUUAAACCCUAGAGGCUAGAGUGAAGGGUUUUAGAAAUUUUCUUUCCCCUCUAACUAAAAUCCAGUCAUCCGACAUCCCCAUUUCAGAGAGCCAAUUUGAUAAAUGACGCCAUUUCUUACCAGAAGAUUGUUGCAGAGAAUCAUAAGCAAUAAAGCAAAUGGAAGCCGGACAUAUUGUUCAAAACAGAUAAUUGAUGCUGGCCAGCCAACUGCUGCUUCUCACCCUGAGUUACUGAAAGAAGGGGAGAUGACUCCUGGUAUAACUUGUGAUGAAUAUAUCUCCCGGCGAAAGAGAUUGUUGGAGCUCCUCCCUGAGAAGAGUAUUGCCAUCAUUGCAGCUGCCCCAGUUAAGAUGAUGACUGAUGUUGUGCCUUACACCUAUCGCCAAGAUGCCGAUUAUUUGUAUAUCACUGGUUGUCAGCAACCUGGUGGUGUAGCUGUUUUGAGUCAUGAUAUUGGUUUGUGUAUGUUCAUGCCUGAGCCAACACUUCAGGAUAUCACUUGGGAAGGGAAUACCGCUGGCAUAAAUGAGGCAAUUGAGAUUUUCAAGGCUGAUCAAGCAAUACCUAUGAGCAAACUUCGCCAGGUGCUAUCAGGCCUUUUAGAAAGAUCUUCUGAAGUAUUCCAUAAUGUGAAGACUGCUACAAAAACCUACGUAGACUUCGAAUCCUUUCAAAAGAUAUCUAAUGAAAAGAAAGUGAAAGAUCUUUCUAAAUACACUCAUGAGUUGCGUUGGCUCAAAUCACCAGCUGAAACUGAGCUGAUGAGAAAGGCUGCUUCAAUCGCUUGUCAGGCUCAGUUGCAGACCAUGUUCCAUUCAAAGACAUAUCCACAUGAAGGUAUGAUGGCAGCUAAGGUGGAAUAUGAAUGCAAAAUGAGAGGUGCUCAAAGAAUGGCAUUCAACCCUGUCGUGGGUGGUGGUCCUAAUGGAAGCGUGGUACAUUAUUCUCGAAAUGAUCGUAAAGUUAGUGAUGGGGAGCUUGUGCUGAUGGAUAUUGGAUGUGAGUUCCAUGGUUACCUUAGUGAUAUGACUCGUACAUGGCCUCCAUUUGGUAGAUUUUUACCUGCUCAUGCUGAGCUUUACGAUCUUAUUUUGGAGACGAACAAAGAAUGUAUAAAGCUCUGCAAACCUGGCAUAAGCAUACGGCAAAUACACGAGUGCUCGAUUCAGAGGCUCUUCAAUGGACUGCGAGAAAUAGGAAUACUGAAAAAUAAACCGAGCAGUUACAAGACAUACCAUCAGCUGAAUCCGACUAAUAUAGGACACUAUCUAGGGAUGGAUGUACAUGAUUGUUCUACGAUCAGCACUGACCGCGCUCUGCAACCAGGGGCUGUUAUAACAAUUGAGCCAGGUGUAUAUAUUCCAUCUACCUUCAAUGUUCCAGAGAGGUAUCAAGGUGUUGGGAUAAGGAUUGAAGAUGAAGUCCUUAUAACAGACAAUGGUUACGAGGUCCUUACUGGGUCGAUGCCUAAAGAAAUAAAUCACAUCGAGUCCAUGCUAAACGACUACUGCCCACAAACAGGAUCAGAUUGCAUAAGAACUGCAGCUUCAAAUUAAAGUGACGGAGGCCUUAAUUUUUUCUAGGUUUUUUUCUGGAAUUGAUAGGGAAACACACUCCCAACUCUAACGAUGAGAACCUGUUAACGAGUAAUUUUUGGGAUUUCUUUGUUUAUGGUAAAAUUCUUGUGUAAAAAUGUAAACAAAUUCUCGUACUCUAUAGGUGGCUUAUUGGUUGAUCAGUCAUUUUAAUGGCUUAUGGUCUAUGGAGCUGUAAAUGAAGAUCAUUCGAAAAGGGAAAUGUACCGAUUAAAUUUUUGAAAUAACAUUUCGUUCAUUCUUCAA